AGGUUCCACAAACCAGACAAGCAGCAAGAGACACAGAGUUGCAACCAAAUCGAGUGCACCAUGCGUUCCAACACGCCGUUCAUCCUCUUGGUCUUAUCGUGCCUCUGUCUGGCAAUGGCACAAGUGUCCUAUGACGACUGCUGCCUGUCGUAUGUGAAAAAGUUGGACAAAAAGACCCAACAGCGUGCGGUCAAGUACAGGAUUCAGGAGACGGACGGAGGCUGCAACAUCCGCGCUGUCAUCUUCACUAUGAGGAAAGGUCGCGUGUACUGCACCGACCCCCGACAGACGUGGGUGAAGGAACUGAUGGACGCCAUUGACAAGAAGCCCACUCCACAUCCCAAGAAGAACACCCAAAAGCGCCAGAAGAACCGCUUGUUCAGCUAAAGGCGGCCUUUUUGAGGAGGAAGAUAAAGGUCAAAGCUUGCACCUCUUAAUGUGACCUUUUUGAUGCAUAUACUUAUGUGUGAAUGGUGUUUUAUGUCUUCCCAAAGAACAUUUAUCAUCAAGCUGCUGUUAUUAGAUGGUGAAAGAGUGUUUCUGUUGGGUUUAUGUGCAAACACAAAUGGUAAAAUGAGUGUCAAAAGGCUUUUCUGGUGUUAAAAUUUGUAUAGAACGUGAUCUCUUGCCAAGCAUUAUUACAAUAAAAAGUGAACUGUCAACUUUUUGUACUGUCCCAGUCUUGUUUUAUAACAAGGCUUCACCAAUACAAUAGCAACAAACACAAAUAAUGGUGUUUUAGAGUGGUUAACGCCUUUUUACACUUGUGUGUCAAGUAAAAACGUUUCGCUAUGCUGUUACUUGCGUUUUGUGACAAGAUUGUUUGUCCAUCUUUGCCUUUCACAAGUGUUUUACUGGUUUUAAUGUUGAACUUUUUAAAAUGUUUCUUUUGCUUUUUCCUUAGCUUCUUUUGACAUCAUAUGCGAGACCUCACGAUGCAGCAAUUUGUUGUUUUACAGUGUCAUGGCCCUGUGUGAAAAAGUGAUUGCCCUCCUGUUAAAACAUAACUUAACUGAGAUUAAUUGAGAUGAAAAAGUUAUGAAGCCACUUUUAAGGCUUCGGAACUGGUGAGAGCAAUUAUCCAAAAAUGGCAAAAACAUGGAACAGUGGUGAACAUUCUCAGGAGCACAGCAACGACUCAUCCAAGAGGUCACAAAAGACCCCACAACAACAUCAAUAAUAAGCGUUGCUUCUUCCUACUCCUUUUCGGACAUGUGAAACUGUGAAUUGUAACAUGAAUCAUGUAAUGUUAACUGUAUUCAUUUUUGGAAUAAAUAACCAUUAACAUAAGAAAGACACUGGGCAAAAAUGACCUGCAUGGCAGAGUUCCAAGACGAAAACUACUGCUGAACAAAAAACACAUUAAGGCUUGUCUCAAUUUUGCCAGAAAACAUCUUGUUGAUCCCCAAGAUCUUUGGUAAAAUAUUUUGUGGUCUGACAAGACAAAAGUUGAACUUUUUGGAAGGUGUGUGUCCCAUUACAUCUGGCGUAAAAGUAACGCCGCAUUUCAGAAAAAGAACACCAUACCAACAGUAAAAUAUGGUGGUGGUAGUGUGAUGGUCUGGGGCUGUUUUGCUGCUUCAGGACCUGGAAGACUUGCUGUGAUAAAUGGAACCAUGAAUUCUGCUGUCUACCAAAAAAAUCCUGAACAUUCAUACCUAUGGACAAUUUAGAGUCACCAAUUAACCUAACAUGCAUGUUUUUGGAAUGUGGGAGGAAACCGGAGUACCUGGGGAAAACCCACACACGCACGGGGAGAACAUGCAAACUGAGAUAAUUGAAACCUGCAAUAAA